AUACAUCAUCAAAUAAAAGAGUGACCGUGUUAAUGGUAUAGCCUCUAAAUUAUUGGGGAAGACAAAAGAAUGAGAAACAAGGGGUGCCCUUCUUGCUCUACUCUCACCCCCAAACAAAACCGUCCCAUUACAAUUUGUGCAAUGGCAUCAACAGCGAGACAAGUGAGAAGUAAUUGACCCAUCGACCAACAAACAACAAACAUAACCCCAUGUAAUGUAAUUGUAUUUGUAGCGUAAGUGAGCACUGUCACUGUGUAUAUAGGAGUAUGUAAACUCCCCCUCCAGACAGACACGCCUCUCAAUUAUUUCUGUCCAUUUCCACUUCCCAUAUUGUUCUCGUGUGUUGUGUGUCAGUGUUAUUGGUGUGUGAGAGUGUGAGUGAGAGUGAGAGAAAGGGAGAAAAAGAAACAAAGGGCGUGUUGAGUGGUUUGGUCCGGUUCAACACUUCCAUUUCUGAGAUGCCACGCCCAGGGCCAAGGCCUUACGAGUGCGUGAGGAGGGCAUGGCACAGCGACCGCCACCAACCAGUGAGAGGUUCCAUCAUUCAACAGAUUUUCAGGGUCGUGGUUGACGCUCACAGUCCCGCGACCAUGAAAAACAAGGAAUGCCAGGAGAAGCUCCCGGCGGUUGUUCUCAGGGCCGAAGAAAUCAUGUACUCCAAAGCCAAUUCCGAGGCAGAGUACUUGAAUCCUGAUACUCUCUGGGACCGCCUCAAUGAUGCCAUUAACACAAUCAUACGGAGAGACGAGACAUCCGAGACCGGAGACCUCCUGCCCCCAUGUGUUGAAGCUGCACUUAACCUGGGUUGCAAGCCUGUGAGAACUUCCAGAAGCGAUCGGCACAAUAACCCCAGGACAUACCUCUCUCCUAAAUAUCAACCACCCCCUUCUAUGUCUCUCAAACCUGUUGUUGGAAAUCCAUUGAACUAUGGCAAAGUCACAGCUUCUGCGGUGUCACCGAUUCCCCUGCCAGAUUCUACCCACCAAAGUAGCAAGCUGAUGGGUUCACCUAGCUACCACUUCUCGGAAGGUCUCCCUUCUGCCCAUCACCA